UUCUGCAGUGUUACAGCUUUGCCUUCUUGCUCAUCGUUUCUUGUGCCAAUGCUGCCCUCAGUAAGAGUAAGACAAUACUUCCAUCUGCAUAACACCACGCUCCUCUCCUCUCCUGUCUGCCACCAUUCUUCUGCUUGAUAUCCAUCUUGUCCUGAUCCGUUUGUGUGGUUUUGCGUCCUCUCAAUCCGUCACCAUUCAUUCACGCCUACUCUCACGCUCAGACAGAAAAGCAAGGGAAUUUUUCCACUCAGUUUAUUUUACGGAGAAAAAACACACCUUAAAAGCCUUUUUUAAACAAAUGCAUAGUUUAGAAGAAUUUCUGACUGAUAGAAGAAGCGGGACGGAUCAAGACAGACAGUCAUUUCAUUUAUUAUUUUACGCAUCAACAUUCGCACGUAGCCUGGAGAGGAAAAAGCUGAGAACGCAUUGUGUUUUCUGAAAUAAUUACUUAGCUUUGUGGGCGAUGUCGCCGCGUUGAAGCGAGGGGAAUUGAAUAACUAAUCCAACAGUGUUAAGUUUGCUGAGGUAGGCUACCUGUCAGGGAAAUAAAUAGCGAAGAAGCACCGUAAGAUACACGCGUCAUUUCCAAGACACCAGCGCAACAAGCCAACACCAUUACACCAGCCUGCUACGUGGAUGGCACACUGGGUGUCUUCUUCUCUUGAACUGGUGCAGAGCAGCCUCGCGGAGACCAGGGUCCAGCUGAGAUUCGGGGCUUUCUAGCGAUAUGAAAGUUAAGUUCCUUUCCUGAGGCCAUAACUUCCACUCUGAGCUGACUCACAGAAAACUGCACCUCGAGACUCCAAGCAUCAUCACGCUGCCAUGUUUCUGAACAAGCGUAUCCUCACACCAUGCAUGUUCAUGUCCUUGCUGCUGGUUCUGCUCCCAGGAGUCACUCGUGUCUCCCAGGGCAGCGCCAGCCUUGAAGAUACUGACGUUGCAGCAGGCAACUGCUCCAGCACUGAAAACUGCACAGAUGGCGUGGUGCUGCCCAUGUGGAACCCCACAAACCCCGCGGUGGGGGACAAGGUGGCACGCGCCAUAGUUUACUUUGCAGCCCUCAUAUACAUGUUCCUGGGCAUGUCCAUCAUCGCAGACCGCUUCAUGUCUUCCAUCGAGGUCAUAACCUCCCAGGAGAAGGAGAUCACCAUCAAGAAGCCCAACGGUGAGACGACCACGACCACUGUGCGCAUCUGGAACGAGACGGUAUCCAACCUGACUCUGAUGGCGCUGGGCUCAUCUGCACCAGAGAUCCUUCUGUCCCUCAUUGAAGUGGUCGGCCAUAACUUCGAGGCUGGAUCUCUGGGGCCCAGCACCAUUGUGGGCAGCGCUGCGUUCAACAUGUUCAUUAUCAUCGCCAUCUGUGUGCACGUGGUGCCUGAAAAUGAAGUCCGGAAGGUAAAGCACCUGCGGGUGUUUUUCGUCACUGCUUCCUGGAGCGUGUUCGCCUACAUCUGGCUGUAUAUCAUCCUGUCUGUGGUCUCCCCGGGAGAGGUGGAGGUGUGGGAGGCUGUCCUUACCUUCCUCUUCUUCCCCAUCUGUGUGCUCCAAGCCUGGAUCGCAGACCGCCGCCUUCUCUUCUACAAGUACGUCCAUAAGCGUUAUCGUGCUGAUAAGACCCGAGGCAUUAUCAUCGAGUCGGAAGGAGACGCCAUGUUUACUAAAAUGGACUUGGAGAUGGACGGCCAGGGCGGGAACUCCCACACUCACCCCAAAGAGGCGCUGGAUGGGAUGUUGGAGGGCGUGGAGGAAGGUGGAGGGAGCGCGGAGCAGGAUCAGGAAGAAGAGGCCCGACGGGACAUGGCUCGCAAUCUGAAAGAUUUAAAACAAAGGCACCCGGAGAAAGACAUGGAGCAGCUGAUCGAGAUGGCCAACUACCAAGUGCUGGUGCAACAACAUAAGAGCCGGGCCUUCUAUCGCAUCCAAGCCACGCGCAUGAUGAUCGGAGCGGGGAACAUCUUGAAGAAGCACGCCGCCGACCAGGCCAGGAAGGUGGUGAGCUGUCAUGAGGCCAGUGGGCAGGAGGAAGACCCCAACACCAUCUACCUGCAGUUUGACUCCGAUCACUACCAGUGCUUCGAGAACUGCGGCUCUCUGAAGCUGUCAGUCACUCGGCACGGAGGAGAGAGUGGCUGCACUGUGAAGGUGGACUACCGUACGGAGGAUGCGACCGCCAACGCCGGCUCAGACUACGAGUUUGCCGAGGGCACUCUGGUCUUCAAGCCUGGCGAGACCACCAAAGAGUUCACCGUCGGUGUCAUUGAUGAUGACAUUUUUGAAGAAGAUGAGCAUUUCUAUGUGCGCCUGAGUAAUCCACGUAUCGUGCACCGGGCUGAGGUCUCUGUCCUGGAGCCAAACUCCAUCACCUCCAGCAACAGCACGGGAGGGAUCUCCAACGCCCCCCCCAAGGCCGCCCUGGGCACCGCCAGCACCGCCACGGUCACCAUUUACGAUGACGACCACGCCGGCAUCUUCACCUUCGAGAAUAAGUCCACGAGGGUCAGCGAGAGCGUGGGUAACAUGCAGGUGAAGGUCCACCGGACGUCCGGGGCCAGGGGGAAGGUGGCGGUGCCCUACCGCACCGUCGAGGGCACCGCCAAGGCCGGGGAAGACUAUGAGGACGUGUCCGGCAAGCUGGAGUUUCAGAACGAUGAGACCAUGAAGCUGCUGAAUGUGAAGGUCAUCGAUGACGAGGAGUACGAGAAGAACAAGACUUUCACCAUUGUGUUGGAGGAGCCCAUCCUGCUGGAUGUGGGAAAGAGACACGGAGACACCAACGAUAACAAGACAGGCGCGGGACCGGAGGACGUGUCAAAGAUGGGCUUCCCCAUCCUGGGCGAGCACACCAAGCUGGAGGUGGUGAUUGAGGAGUCCUAUGAAUUCAAGGUAACUCAAAAAUAAACAG